AUGUACCACUGCCUGGGCGAAGCGCUGCUGCUGUCCCGCACAGGGCCCGCUGCCUUGGGUUCCGUGUUGGCCAACUCGGCAGCGCUGCUGGGCUGGCCCUGCGGGCAGCACGCCAUCGCCGCCGUGGUCGCUGCCCCGUAGGCAGGGCUCGCACCGCCCACCCGGCGACACUACAGCGAGGCGGCGGCCGACCGCGAGGACGACCCCAACUUCUUCAAGAUGGUGGAGGGCUUCUUCGACCACGGGGCCAGCAUCGUGGAGGACAAGCUGGUGGAGGACCUCAAGACCCGGGAGAGCGAGGAGCAGCCUCAAGACCGGGUGCACUGCAUCCUGCGGAUCAUCAAGCCCUGCAACCAUGUGCUGAGCCUGAGCUUCCCCACCCGGCCCCACGAUGGCUCCUGGGAGGUCAUCGAAGGCUACCGGGCCCAGCACAGCCAGCACCACACGCCCUGCAAGGGAGGUAUCCAUUACAGCACUGAUGUGAGUGUGGAUGAAGUGAAGGCUCUGGCUUCUUUGAUGACAUACAAGUGUGCAGUGGUUGAUGUGCCAUUUGGGUGUGCCCAGGCUGGUGCUAAGAUCAAUCCCAAGAACUAUACUGAUAAUGAAUUGGAAAAGAUCACAAGGAGGUUUACCAUGGAGCUGGCAAAGAAGGGCUUUACUGGUCCUGGCAUUAAUGUGCCUGCCCCAGACAUGAGCACAGGCGAGUGGGAGAUGUCCUGGAUUGCUGACACCUAUGCCAGCACCAUAGGGCACUAUGAUAUUAAUGCCCAUGCCUGUGUUACCGGUAAGCCCAUCAGUCAGGGCAGAAUCCAUAGGCGGAUCUCUGCUACUGGCUGGAGAGUCUCCCAUGGGCUUGAAAAUUUCAUCAACGAAGCUUCUUACAUGAUUUUUUUAGGAAUGACACCAGGGUUUGGAGAUAAAACAUUCAUUGUUCAGGGAUUUGGUAAUGUAGGCCUGCACUCUAUGAGAUAUUUACAUCGUUUUGGUGCUAAAUGUGUUGGUGUUGGUGAAUCUGAUGGGAGCAUAGGGAAUCCAGAUGGUAUUGACCCAAAGGAACUGGAAGACUUCAAAUUGCAACAUGGAUCAAUCCUGGGCUUCCCCAAGGCAAAGCCCUAUGAAGGGAGCAUCUUGGAAGCUGACUGUGACAUCCUGAUCCCUGCUGCCAGUGAAAAGCAGCUGACCAAGUCCAAUGUACCCAGAGUCAAAGCCAAGAUCAUUGCCGAGGGUGCCAAUGGGCCGACAACUCCAGAGGCUGAUAAGAUCUUCCUGGAGAGGAACAUUAUGGUGAUUCCAGAUCUCUACUUGAAUGCUAGAGGAGUGACAGUAUCUUACUUCGAGUGGCUGAAGAAUCUAAAUCAUGUCAGCUACGGCCGUUUGACCUUCAAAUAUGAAAGGGAUUCUAACUACCACUUCCUCAUGUCUGUUCAAGAGAGCUUAGAAAGAAAACUUGGGAAACAUGGUGGCACUAUUCCUGUUGUACCCACAGCAGAGUUCCAAGACAGGAUAUCGGAUGCCUCCAAGAAAGACAUCGUGCACUCUAGCUUAGCUUAUACCAUGGAGCACUCUGCCAGGCAAAUCAUGCACACGACCAUGAAGUACAACCUGGGUUUGGAUCUGAGAAUGGCCGUGUAUGUCAACGCCAUUGAGAAAGUUUUCAAGGUGUACAAUGAAGCUGGUGUGACCUUCACAUGGACGGAGUGUGGCUGA